UCAAUCAUUCUCUCAUUCGCUGCUUUGAGGGACAGCCGAUUACUUCUGCUAACCCGUAUAAAGCAAAAGAACUAGAUGUAUUAAACAGGCCGACUUCAUUGACCCUGACGCACUCGAGAAGGACAGUUAGCCGCUAGACAGUGCGCGUCUUUAAAGAGUAUUGAUCGGAGACUGAGUCAGAUCAGGAGCAACAUGAGCGAGCGCUUUGAUUGUGACAACUGCAAGGAGUCCCUAUACGGCAGGAAGUACAUCCAGGCGGAGGACAACCCUUACUGCAUUCCCUGUUACGACAGCCUGUUUGCAAACACCUGUGAUGAGUGCAAGGAGCUGAUUGGUCACGAUUCAAGGGAGCUGUUUUAUGAGGAUCGUCACUACCACGAGCACUGCUUCCGAUGUUUCCGCUGCGACCGUUCACUGGCCGACGAGCCCUUCACCAGCCAGGACGAUGCUCUUCUGUGCAACGACUGCUACUGCAAUGAGUUCUCCUCCAAAUGUGUGGCCUGCGAUAAAACCGUCAUGCCUGGCACCAGGAAGCUAGAGUAUUCUGGCUCCACAUGGCAUGAGAGCUGUUUCAUUUGCAACAGCUGUCAACAGCCAAUCGGCUCCAAGUCCUUUAUCCCAGAUAAAGAUGAUCACUACUGCGUACCCUGUUAUGAGAACAAGUUCGCACCACGCUGUACUCAAUGUAAACAGGCCUUGGCCAAAGGUGGUGUGACCUAUAGGGAUGAGCCGUGGCAUAAGGAAUGCUUCGUCUGCACAAGCUGUAAAGUCCAGUUAGCUGGCCAGCAUUUCACUUCCCGUGAGGACAGCCCAUACUGCAUUAAAUGUUUUGGCAACCUGUAUGCCAAAAAGUGUGAAGCCUGCAACAAACCCAUCACAGGUUUCGGUGGAGGGAAGUACAUCUCGUUUGAGGACCGACAAUGGCACCAGCCCUGCUUCACCUGCUCUCAAUGCUCUGUUUCCCUUGUGGGUGCUGGCUUCUUCCCCGAGAGAGACGAGAUCCUUUGUCGCAGCUGCAAAAGCAAUCUAUAGAACAGAAUUCCCAUCAAUAAUUUUUUUUCUAUUAUUACAAAUACACACGCUUGCAUAUACAUGCACACAUCUCUUAUUUCCUAUCUCUAGAUACGCCUAUGCUGAGAUACACAGCAAACCAGCAAUCUAUCCCCAUAUACAGCUGACUAAGCUUCACCAAAAUAUUAAAACAUAGAAGGCUUCACAAGCACAAGCACAAAUGCAAAACACUGGAGGCUUUAAUUUAGCCACUAUUUACAAAGAAUAGUUUGAUUUGGCAGAACAGGCUAGCUGGUUUCCGACUGGACAAAUUAGACUAUAAAAAGCUGCACCAAAGAUUGCCGUUGAGAUGUGAAAGCUAUGCAGCCCAGCGCUAGGCGCCUUCCUAGUGACUGCUAACCUUUCUUCAUUACACAAUCCAGAAUUAACUCUUCAUAAAUAUGGAGGUUUCUUUGCAGAGAUAAAUAUAUCACUUUUAUUUCCUUGAGAUGCCUACUAGUUAUUCCCAUCUUCUCCUAUUUUUCCUGGCCAGGCAGAACUGUCAUUAGGCUUGCAAAAGUCAUUAAAGGAUGGAUGUAGUGUUUGCAGCCUGUGAUAGAACUCAAACAGAUUCCUUCAUAAACACCAAAAGGUCAAAACACAUUUAGAAUUGUUCUAACUACUCUGUGCCGAGCAAAGUGUAAUAACAGAAGUGAAUGCUUGCCUUUGGACAUGUAAGUGAAAGGUACACUUUGAGAAACAGCCACUUAAAGUCGAAGAUCUGAACAUCGACUCAACAUACAGUAUGUGUAAGGGCGUAGAUCUGGCUUGAACAUUUGGGGGUAUACAUUUCCAUUGAUCAUGGAAUAAGUGACAGCAAUAUGUGUCAGAAAAGUUCAGAGACGUGGUAGAAAAUAAAUGAAUAGAAGUGCAUUUUUUUAUACAGGUGGAAGACAGAUUUGCAUUUGCACUAUGGCUUGAAUUAUCUGUAGAUGCACAGAAACUCCAAGAUACAGCUUGCAUACACUGUACAUACAGAAAUAAUGUACUAUUAUUUGUUCAUAUCCUGUACUUUCAUUUUCUUUACAAUUAAUCAUGGCCUCAAUUUUUUUUACAAAAAGUCUUCUCUGUGUUAAGAGUGAAUGGGUGAUAAAACAAUUGAUGACGUUUGUGUCUAUGUCAAAAGGAUAGUAUGCAUGUUGUCUAUCUGUUGUUUUUUAUUUCAAUUUUAGCUGAGAUAAUGAUCAUUGUUUAUUUUCCAUUGAUGACAUUUUUAUUAGUUUUACGCUUUUUAAAUGUAAAAAUAUAUACUCACAAUAAGCUUUGAAGCAGAAGAGUUAACUGUUGGCAAAUGUGCAUUUCUUACUACAUGAUUCAAGCUUUGAACUAAGGUGUGGAAAAAUAUACAUUUCAUAUUUUAAAUGUUUAUAGAUUGUUUAUGAUAAACAUUUUAUAAACUAAUUAUAAUAUUGUAAUUGUUUUUCUGAGACUUGAUUUCACAUAAGCACCAAAAAGAUAUUUGUGAGUUAAAUAAAAAAAAAAUA